AUGGAUUCGAAAAACGAAACAAUCCACCUCCUAGGUCUUUUGUUUUUGGUUGUUCUUAUUUCCUCAACGGUUUCAGCUAGGGUUUUCACUGAGACUUCCUCUAACACCAAAAACGAUGUUGAAAAGAUAAAUGAAUGGAAUAAAGUUAGCUAUGGUGAUGGAGGCUACAGAAGUUUUGGUGGUGGUAGUUACAAUGGUGGUUACAUGAAUAAUGGUGGUGGAUAUUAUAAUGGUUACCCGAAUAAUGGUGGCGUUUAUCCAGGCAAUGGUGGUUAUGGUGGUGGUUACCCAGGUAAUGGUGGUUACAGUGGUGGUUACCCGGGUAAUGCUGGAGGAAGCAGUGGUAAUGAUUUUCUCGGUAACAUUGGUGGUAUUAUUGGUGGUAUUGUGGGUAAUAUUGGUGGUAUUAUUGGAGGUCGCGGUGGUGGUGCCGCAGUUGCUGGGCAAACUAAGGAUAACACUCGUAACUAA